GCUCUUCACUUACAGACUCAAAAUCCUCCCAUUUUACCUCCAUUCUCUAUGCUAUUUAAAGAUGGAAUUGAUCCUCCUAACGUGGAGAAAAGGGCACAAAAGUUCUUAAACUGGGGACAGCGUAAUCAGGAAUCUCUGGGUAGACUGUUUGCAACCUUUUUUAUUAAGUUACAAUCCGUAGAAUUCCUCUGGAGGCAAGGGCUCUGCGUCAGUGUGCUGAAUGGUCUUUGGAUAUCUAAAAAGUGGAAAAAAGUUGGGGUGGGAUCCAUUAGUGUUGAGGAUUUUACUAACGUGUCUCAAAAUGUCGCAAGGCGGGUUAAUGGUACAGGAGCCAAAAAGAUAUACAGCUCCAUAAACAGAACCGUCGAAGACAUCUUUGAAUUCCUCAAUGACAAGGUUGCUGGAACAGAUCUCAGACAUAGAUAUAGGUCGUUUGACCAACCAGCAGUUCUGGAACCUCGUCCUCCUGUGCCGUCUCUCAACAUUUACUCACAGCAACUUCACAAUAACUACAGAAACGGGUUCAGCAGUCCUCCUGAAGAACAUUACAACAAAAGACUUUGUUUGGGAAACAGCUACAGAGCUCUAGAAGAAACGGGUCACUGGAGAGAGGAAGAGAGAUACGAAGAUCCCAGAGGGAAACGAAACAGUAACCCUUUAGAUGAUCCUUAUAGAAAAGUCCCUUUGAAUGCUGGAACAAAUGGUCAUUUGGUUCACCAUAGGCAUGAUGGUAGAUAUAGUCGUGAAGAACCAAUGCAUGUGGGACAGUGGCAAGACUACAGUCGUAGAAUUGGUCCGCCUCCUUAUGGUAGAGUUAGUUAUGAGAAUUAUCGUCCUCAAAACCUUAACCAACCUCAUUUUGGUAGAUCGUUUUACUAGUAGGGUUUUUGGUCAGCAAAGUUUAAAACCAAUCACCAACCAUUUUUUUAAAAGAUGAAUAGAAAUUCAUUUUAGGGAGGAAUACAGGAUUUUGGUACUUCGGUUUAAAUGUGGGGAUGUGAAAUUGAUGUAACUACAGUUUUGGGUGCUGAGAAAGUGUCUUGAAUGUUGUAUGUUACUGUUUAGCUGGGAUAUGAGUUAAUUU